AUGGAAAAGAGUUUAAGAGUGGAAAAUCGACGAGGUGAUCAUUCCACCAGUGAUGACAUUGGGCUGCAUGGUGGUGUACAAGAACAUGGAAAUGAGGUAAAGCGAUACAAUCUUAACUCUUUGGUAUUUGUCAUUAGUUCCUUGAAUGGCAACAACAUGCCCACUGGCGCCAUAGCUCAGCCACACCUUGUCUCUCAGUCUCUCUCCACCAAGGCUAUGUUCAACUCACCUGGACUCUCUCUUGCCCUUCAAACGGGCAUGGAGGGGCAAGGAGACGUGGGAAGAAUGGGGGAAAAUUAUGAAUCAAGCAUUGUUGGUGGCAGAAGAAGUAGAGAUGAAGAACAUGAAAGCAGAUCUGGGAGUGAUAACAUGGAGGGUGCAUCAGGUGAUGAUCAAGAUGCUUCAGACAAGCCUCCGAGGAAGAAAAGAUACCACCGACACACCCCCCAACAAAUCCAAGAACUUGAAGCUCUUUUCAAGGAGUGUCCACAUCCAGAUGAGAAGCAAAGAUUGGAGCUUAGCAAGAGGCUUUGUCUAGAGACUAGGCAAGUGAAGUUUUGGUUUCAGAAUAGAAGAACUCAAAUGAAGACACAACUUGAGCGCCAUGAGAAUUCGAUGCUUAGGCAAGAGAAUGACAAGUUAAGAGCUGAGAAUAUGUCGAUUAGGGAGGCAAUGAAGAAUCCUAUCUGCAGCAACUGUGGUGGUGCUGCGAUAAUUGGCGAAAUAUCCCUUGAAGAGCAGCAUCUAAGAAUUGAGAAUGCUAGGCUAAAGGACGAAUUAGAUCGCGUUUGUGCCCUUGCAGGAAAGUUUUUGGGCCGUCCCAUUUCAUCGUUGGCAUCUAUGAUAGGACCACCAAUGCCUAACCAGAGUUUGGAAUUUGGAUUCGGAAGCAAUGGAUUUGGAGACUUGAACGUUGUUCCUACCACACUGCCUUUAGGGUCUCAUGAUUUUGGUGUUGGAAUUUCGAGUCCUUUGCCCGUGAUGCCUCAAACUAAGGUGACUAUGAAUGCAACACCAAUUGAGAGAUCAUUGGAGAGAUCGAUGUAUUUGGAACUUGCUUUAACUGCAAUGGAUGAACUGGUUAAAAUGGCGCAAACUGAUGAACCCCUUUGGCUGAGGAACUUGGAAAAUGGAAAGGAAAUGCUCAACCAUGAAGAAUAUAUGAGAACUUUCACUCCUUGCAUUGGUAUGAAGCCCAAUGGAUUUGUGACUGAAGCUUCGAGGGAGACAGGGAUGGCGAUCAUCAACAGUCUAGCACUGGUUGAGACCUUGAUGGACUCGAACAAAUGGCAAGAAAUGUUCCCAUGUAUGAUUGCCAGAACCUCAACUACUGAUUUAAUAUCAAAUGGCAUGGGAGGGACCAGAAAUGGCGCACUUCAGAUGAUGCAUGCUGAACUACAAGUACUAACGCCACUGAUACCAGUUAGAAAGGUUGAUUUUCUCCGGUUUUGCAAGCAGCACGCAGAGGGCAUUUGGGCAGUUGUGGAUGUGUCGAUUGAUGCCAUUCGAGAAGCUGCAGGUGCACCUAGAUUUCCAAACUGCAGGAGGCUUCCUUCUGGCUGUGUGGUGCAAGACAUGCCCAAUGGCUACUCAAAAGUAAGUUUUCCUCUUUCGAUAUGCAUUUAUGCAUCCUUUUGUUGAUUUGUUACUAUUUUA